AUGUCGCGAGAAGGUGAGAGCGAGAGAGCGCGUCUUCUUACACGCCAUCCGACCAACACGCACACCUCUCACCCUCUGUGUGUGUGUGUGUGUGUGUGUUCAGGCGUGAGGUCUACGAGGACCUGCUCGUUCUGGCGACAGGUUCGUAUUCAAACGGAACGUAGCUGGUUCUGGCAAGUUGGUCGAUUCUUUGUUUGCUUGUCUGCAGGGGCAUUGUAGGAACGGCGAAAGUUGCGAUUGGCCUCACGCAGGAAUCCCCCAACUCUGUCAGAGGGGGAGCACUUGCAAUUUACGUGAGGAAGAGGACUGGUGACCACCUUCAUGUUAAGUUUUCACGGUUGCUUGUGUUCUCCAGGGUCCUGGUAUGGGUGGACCUGUCCAUACGCACACUCUCAAGAGGAAGUGGAGCUCUUCAGUCGGUCCCGGAAUGACCCACGACAAGCACAAGCGCCACUGCCGCAUGCUCACUCCGCACCACCACCUCCUCGGGCACCUCCUCAACCACAACAAAACGAUGAAGGCUAUGGUACGAGUUUUCCUGAUGCAGAAAAGGCGGGAAUGAAUCUAGCGGCAGCGGAGGGCAGCGGUGCGACGGAAGAAACCAAUACAAGGUAGGAACAAGCAGAGAAACAAAGCGAUGUGUCAUCAUCAGCCGUUAUUUCUCUUCAUUAGUUGUCCUUAGCGUUCUCGUUGAGAGACCUUCUUCAUCGUCUUCAGCCCAGCAGCCUGACCCUGCCCCCUCCUCUUUUCCUUGCGAGGACACUCCCUCGGGGACGGACAACGGACACACGAUCGGGGCUCCCCGCUCAAAUUCCAGCCCGAUGCCGCCUCUCCCUGCUGCAUCCCGGGAUGACCAGGAGGCGCGUGGUCAUGAUACAGAUGCCACCUCUUCCGUUGAGGGACUUUCUUCGCCGAACUCUUCUUCGGCACAGCACCCUGCCCCUCUUCCUUCCUCUCCCUCUUCCCUUCGCAGGCUCCCCUCUUCAACGGCUACCGAGAUUUACGUUGGGCCUGAGAGCAAAGCAGCUCCAUCGGUGUCCCACCUGCCACAACCUCCUUGCGCUGAAUGCACUGAGGACGAGGAAUCGCGUGGACAUGGUCCCAAUGGAACAGACGUGAGUGCAGCUGACGAAGUGGAACACCACCCAGCGAGGUAUGCAGAACCUAAGAUACCCAGACUCCUGUGUGUGUUUUGUCUGUGCAGUUGGUGGAAAGGGCGGCCCGGCGUGAGGCAAUUCUGCGGCGGCCGGUCUUCACAGGGCCUGACGCCCCGGGCACGCCACAGAGUGAGAGGGAUGAGGAGGCCGGGCUGUGGGUCCCGGACCCAAGGGAGAUGGGCGCGGUCGGCCGGCUUCUGCAGCUGGCCGACCGCAUGGAUCUCAUCUACAAUCCCCGGCGCUCCACCAUGGGGACGGGGCCCAUGUUUGUGGAGGAAAUCCCUAUUAGACGUAAGACAAAGGCAACAGAAUGACUUGCAAAUGACCUGCCUACCAUCCUUUUCACUGCAUCUUUUGUGUGUCUCGUUCUGCAGACAUAGAGUGGGACGACCGGCUAGAGCUGGGGGCGGGAGCAUUUGGCGUGGUAAGUGGAUUGGCUGAGUCAUCUGUGACGUGCGAUGGUCUGCAUUUGUCAUUUUGCCGCUGUCAGGUGGAGAGCGGCACGCUGCGGAGGACACAGCGGGUGGCAAUGAAAUCGGUGUUUCUCUCAAGGCUGAGAGGUGAUGGGAGGACUCAUCAUCAUUGUGCGUGUCUCUCUUGUCUGCCUGCCUGCCUGCCUACCUGCAGACCCCCCUGAAGAGCCGGAAAUUGAGGAGAUAGACAACUUUCAGAGAGAAGUAGAAACAUACAGGUAUCCACCAAUGCAAUCUCUCUCUACAGCAGCGACACAUAAACUGUCUCUUUGGUUAUUGUGACAGCUACAUGGACCACAUCAACGUUUUGAAGAUCAUAGGAGUAGUUCGGCACCAGGGGAUGUGA